ACUAAGCGCAUAUGUGAGGAUUUCAAGAUCCCCUUUGCCGAUAAUGACAGCAAUCGACUAAUUAUCUCUAAACAGACGAGUGUUGCCGGCGAGCAUGAAACAAUCUGUCAUUGGCGGAGCUUUCCGCGGUGGGCGUGGCUUGCGAGCGGCCUACAGGCGAGCCAUGCCUUCCAGCGAUGAGUGACAGGCCGGGCUGAGAGGCACCUACCCGUGCUGACCUAUCUGCUGCGCGUGCUGUCAAACAUGAGCGAGCGAGAGGUAAUCGUCGCGAGUUGAGCGCCGACUCACGAGUCUUGCCGAGAGCUGGAAGCAAGUGAAGACGAGUGACGUGUAUAAAGCGCUUCCCGCCCACGGAGGACACCCCUGGAAGUCAACAGUCAGCACCAACAUCAACCAAAUCUCCUAUGAUCUUCACGGGGGGGAAAAAGCCAGAGCGUGUCGCCAUUUUGGGGGGGCAGGGAAAACAUUUUACUCAGGACAGGUUCAUCGGCCGUAAUUUUUCUUCUCUGUCCGUCCACACGCCAUUUCUCGUGUAUGAGAGCGAAUGAGUUAGCAAGGGGUGAAAAUCUUUUGAAGACGAGCAGACAAGAUCAUAUAAAAGAUAUCGACAGUCAUUAAAAAAAAAACAACAACAACAGAAUCAAGAGAUGCAUCAAGCAACAUGUCCUGGUCGUCUUCCGCGGUCUCUCAAUCCGUUUGGAAUGAGGAGGGUGCUGGGAGAGGAGGACUGGGGAGCCGUUGACGCUGGCUCUGAUGUGGACGACAGCGAUGUCAACUGUCAAGCCGUGGAUGUUGCCUCUGACGACUCUUUCAGCCCCUCGUCGUUCGCCGAUGAAACUCGAGUCUCUGUCGACCAUGGUGACUCCGUUGACGAGUCGGAUUCCAGGAAGGACAGGGGGAUGAUGGUUGACCGGAAGGAGCGACGGUGGCGGCCGGACGACCACCGGAGUCAGGAGAGGAUGGAGGACGAGAGAAGGUGGAGUGAUGGCAAAGGGAGGGGCUGUGAACAGCUCCGGUCAGCGGAGGAGGAAAUGGUGCUGGAUAUGUCCAUGGGGGGCAGCGGGGAGGAUGCGCACAGCCAGGCAGACAAGCGAGACUGCAAAGACGAGCAGACGGCCCCCGACACCAAAACCGUCGUCAGCAGCACCAAAGGCGAGGACGAGAAGAAGCCGGACAAGCCGCCAUUCUCCUACAACGCCCUCAUCAUGAUGGCCAUCCGCAGCAGCCCGGAGAAGAGGAUGACACUGAGCCAGAUAUACGAGUUCAUCAUGAAGAACUUCCCCUACUACCGGGGCAACAAGCAGGGCUGGCAGAACUCCAUCCGCCACAACCUCAGCCUCAACAAGUGCUUCCUCAAGGUUCCACGUCACUAUGACGACCCAGGUAAGGGGAAUUACUGGAUGCUCGAUCCCUCAUGCGAUGACGUGUUCAUCGGAGGAAACGGCAAGCUGCGCCGUCGGUCCUCCUCCGCUUCCAGAAACCGCCUGGCUGCCAUCAAGAGGAUGGGUCUGACCUACCCGGGGUACGCCGGCUUUUACACCACCCCUGAUCGCUUGGCAGCUUUCCAGCUGGCUUUGUCCUCUUCAGGGUACACAUUCCCCCAUGGCAUCAACUUGGGACUCGGGAUGGGCUGCGGGCUGGGUGGCGCCCACCACCGCUUUCCUUUCCCAACGGCACUCAGCAUAGCCACCCACAGCCUCCUCCUCCGUCUCCUCCUCGGCCUUUUCAUCUCCCUUCUCUUCAUCCCCACGCACAGGCCGCGCAUCUAUUUCAGCAGCACUCACCAACAGGAGUAGCGCAGUUCCCGCAACUUCCGGCCAACCUGCUCAGCUUCUCCAUCGACAAACUCCUCGCUAAGGCUGCAGGAGUUGAUGUUGAUGCUGGUGUUGGUACCACAACUCCUGGCGCAUCUUCCUCCAGCUCGCGCGCCGACAUCAGCGCCAACAAACUCGGGGACAGCGAGACAGCGACAGACAACGAAAAUAAAGGACGGACAGCCACGUCUCCUCCAACGACCAACUUCCCCCUGUUCUUUGGCGCGUCCGCUGCCCCGGUCCUCAUGCCUCCUCUGGCGCAUGCGCAGGCGUGUAGCGGAAGUGCAGCAACGCUUGCCUCGGACUUGUACGGGCGCCUGCGCGCUGCCACCUUCUCGAACUUUCCCAUUGCCUCGGUGUUUGGGAGCCUGCAGGGGAUGGAGGAGUCUGCGAUGGACGCAGUCAGGAACUCGAUGAGAGUGGAGCCGCGAGCACUCAUAGGAUCGCCCAACAGUUCCUUCACACCGGUCAACAGUCAUGGCAGAACAUCAUAGUGAAGCUGUGUGUUUGUGUGUUUGUAUUGUCCCUGUGCACCUGUACACAUACAACCGCCAUGUCAAGUGUAAUUAAGUGCUAUUAAUCGGCCAUGGUCAGAACUAUCUCAGUAUUGUGCUAAUAUCUGUUUUCUCCGAUAGCUGACGACAGUAUAGACAAAAGUCAGCUUACAUAGGAGAGUCAGGGUGAACCCCAGUCAAACAUUUUUUGUGCAUGCGCUGGUCUGACUCCUUCGGGCAUCUAUUAAUCAGAUAUUCUUCUCAUUAAAAAUUAUAAUAAUAUUACCUGUAUUUGAUUAAUUAAGUUGAAACACUCUUGGAUGUUGUAUGUAUUUAUGUACGUAUAGAUGUGUACAUAUACACUGAUAUAUAUGCACGCUAACACGACUGUUUAGUGUAUCCUCAUGAAAAAAACAAAAUGAAAUAUA